UCACAUAGGCAUGGAUUUACCUGCAAGUCUCACUGAAAAUUCACAUCCUUUUAUUUUCCUUUCUUCCUUUUCUUUUUCUUUAGCAAAACUUCUCGAUAGGUUGGAUGUCCAAACUUUAUACAUUUGCCUUCCUUUCCCUAUUUCACUAGUUUGCUUCUCUUGCUGUGCUAUUGGUGUCCUCAUUUUCAGGUAAACUACCCCUACACAUCUAUCUUCACCCUUGGUUGGAAGUGUAUGUUAUAUGCUUUAAUGUUAUAUGUUAAUUGCAUGCAUCAGAAUAGUGAUGGUUGUGUCCAACCAUAAACCGUGUUCAAAUCUUCUUGCAAAGGUGGAUUCUUAAGUAAUGCAUCCAUCACUGAAAGUAUCCUAGCAAGCUUCGGAGCUAAAAGCGAUGCCCUUAAAUGUCCAACCUGUUAUAAUAGAGCCUUCAGCCAUUUACUUAAUAGAAUCAUGUUAAAUUCUUUCUUUUGUCUCUGCCCUUUCAACAGAAUGAGAUCUUUCCUUACUACGUUUCCCUUAAAAAUGAAACCUUCUUUUUUGCCUCCUGCCUUCUUUAAUUUAAUUACAGAAUUACUGACAUACACCCUUCCUAAUUUUUUAAGAAAACAAAAAACCUGAAAGGUUACUUCGUUUUCCAGAUAAUUAAACUUAUCAAAAGAAGUUCCAGAUAAUAACAGGUCUUUCUAGUUUUUUGUGGAUAGGCAAUUUCUUUCUAGUAUAUUUGGGAUUUAAACAAGAUAUAAGACUUUUUAAGAAUUUAUUCUGAAUGUACAUGCUAAAAUGAAAAAGCUAAAAGUCAAGCACGGCUUUAGUAUAUACUUGAUAAGUUGUAUGUGAAUAAUAAACAACAGAAUAAUGUUAUGUUUGUGGCGAAGUUUUUCUGUUGUUGUCCAUUUUGAAGUAUUAAUAAACUUCUGAAAUAAACCCCAGUAAAGGUAGAAUGUGAAUGAACUUUUUUUGAAAAGAAAAUGUGAAUGAACUUUUUUUGGGUGUUCAAUGUGUUUACUGAUUGCAUUCCUUGUUAUUUGUCCAGAGGUGCAGAUUUCCAUUAAAUUCUUUUUAAUGCAUCAGAAGGACUAGACCAACUACUGGGACACACUGUAGUAAUGCAAAAAUACAGUCGAUAGGAGUACUAUUUUUUGUUAUGAACUAGGAUAAGAUACUAUGUUGCAUUUUGAAGUUUAAAACUUUCACGUUAUAUUCUUCACAACUCUUGCUUUCUCAAAUAUGUGCGAAACAAUUUAGUGGUUGAUAACAUAAGUUGUUAAUGUGCAGGCGCCUUGGUUGCAUCAUUGAUUCAUAUCGUCAUUUAAGGAAAAAGAAGAAGGGGAAAGCAACUGAUGAUCUGACUCCUCGUCCAACAAAGACCAUGCAACGUGAUUUAACUCAAAAAGGAAUGCACCAAAUUAAAAGGAUCAAAGUUGAAGUUUCAGAAUCUGAGAUAGAGGGAAAUCCAAUGAGCUUGACAACACCUAGAAAGGUUUCCCUAGGUUCUCCUAUCGAAGAUGGUGAUGAAUGCUGUGAAUUGGUUGAUGUGCAUGGCUAUAAAGUAAAAGUGAGCAGUGCUCCUACACUUGCUGCCAUUUUUAGCAAGUAUGGUGACAUUACAGCCAACUGUCAGUAUAAAUCACCGACCGUCAAAGCUUCCCUUCUUGAGGUGGUUAGUGAUGUUGUCAGGCAGCUGAAAACCAGUGAUAUUGAUGCUAAUUUUUCUGCCAUUCAAGAUAUGAAAUCUGUAGUCUCUGAUGCUGCAGAUGCAAAGCUUGAUGUUUCUUGGCUGCAGCAGUAUCUUGAGGAGAUAUCCGAAGAGGAAGAUGUGAAGAAAAAGUCUUCCAAUCUAAUGGAGUUAAGGGUGACUACAAUGCUUGUCACUAAAGCAGCUAAAAAGGACUUGGUAGAAAGGAAUGGGGAGGUCUUAGCAGCAGAGAAACGGCUCAAAAAGGCUGAAAGGCGCUUGCAAGAGGCGAAAAGCCGAGCAGGAGAGGCAGAAAGGUCUGUCAAAGUAUUUGAAAUGCUGGGUGAAAAGAUUCAUCAGGACAUCGAGCAGUGUAAGGAUGCACUAUAUUGGCAGAGUAGGUCAAAUGACCUUCUGUAGCCUGCAUGAAGCUGGGAAGAUGGCAGAUGGCAGAUGGUUGAGACUUGUUUUGUACAUGAUGGUGACAUUUAUCUCAUUGCAAACUUUCGCAUUUUGUGCAGUUUCAAGUUUGUCAUAUAACAAAAAACUGGACUUGGUUUUUGUAUGUAAUGCGAUAUGUGCAUGAUUGGAAAAGAUUAUUAGGUUACUGUGUACUGUCUCAAGGAAGACUAAUACCAUGGCCUCUACAACACCAUGAACAAUUGGGGUGA